AUGGCUGACGAAGAGGAUCCGGUCGAACAUGAGGUUAAUGUAUAUUUAUCCAAAACCCUGGCCGACAAGCUGCACCUAUUCCAGUAUCCAGUGCGCCCUGCUCACAUGACAUAUGAUGAAGCUUCUCACCUCAAUACUAAGAUCAAACCUGAUCAGAAGAAAGUUGAGAUAGAACUGGGUCUCAACACCAGGGGAGACAACUAUGCACGGAGUAAAGGAGAACAGAUUGCCAUCAAUGUAGAUGGGAGCAGCAAUCAGUCAGGCCAUUACAUCAGUGGAAUGAUGGACAAACAGGUGUUGAGUAGCGUGGCUUGUACUGAGACAGCAGGCAGGUACGCAGUUGGAGUUUGGAAAGAUGGAGAGGUACACCUAACACCUCUGCAUGCCAUUGUCCAAUUGAGACCUAAUUUUGACUACUUGGAUAGUGCAGACAGUCGGGUAAAAGUGGAGAUUGGAGCAGGAGAUGCUGGAGGAGAAUCCUCCCAGGACGAAGCAGAAGAAGAAGCCAAACCAAUUGCAAUGAAAUUUGCUCGCCAAGAAACAGAUGAGGCUAAAGCAAGACGACUGGCAUCUUAUGACUACUUACAGAAGAAACAAGAAGAGGAAGCUUGGCAUCGACUUCACUUUUAUAACAUCAAUAGUGGUGUAGCAGAAUCAGAGCGCCUGAAGUUGGUUUCCUCCAAAGGUGAUGAGAUAUCCGAGUUCCAGAUUCAGGCCAAUGAGUAUCUGAGAAUGUUGGUGCCUCCUCUUGGGGAGACACAGGAAGAGAAACCAGCCAUGCCUAGUAAUGUGUUAUCACUGACACAGCUAAGGACUAUGCCUCUCCCUGACCAAAUCAAGGCUCUCCUCACUAAUGCAAAGGUGAUGAGGUUCAGUCAGCUGAUGGCACUACUUCCACAGGGUACAGAAAGCAUGGGAGCCCUUCGCUCUCUUCAGCAGGUGGCUGUCCUUGUUCAGGGCUGCUGGGUUGUCAAAAGUGAGAUCCUAUACCCUAAGGAGGCCACCAGUCCACACAGCGGAGUGGCAGCUGAUCAUCUGUGUCGUGGACGCGACUAUGUGAUGUGGAGAUUCACACAGUCUAGUCAUGUGACCCGCAAAGACAUAGCAUCCAUAGUCAAGCUUCCAGCGGAGGAUGUCAAGGACAUUCUUGAGCAGAUGUCGAGGAUUAGAGCUAACUGUGGCUGGGAGUUUUUGUUUGCUUACGAUUCUGACUUUUCCAACAGAUAUCCAGAAAUUGUACAGAGACAGAAGAUGUUGUGGGAUGCUAAAUAUCAGGGUUUAUGUAAUCAACUGAAGAUUCCUAAAGAACAUGAAAAGAAAUUCAAAGACAGAGACUCUGGGUUACCUGCAGGAGAGAAAGUUGUAAGGCGACGACGCAGUUCAUCCACCCGUAGUAAUCGUAAACGAACACUUAGUGGUCGCUCUGUGUCUGACCAUAGUGAUGUGGAGAUGGAUAUUUCCCUUAAGUCUGAUGUAGACAAUAGUACAGAGGACGAAGAUGUUCUUCGGCAGGAGAGCAUGGACACAGGGCCAGCAAUAAAUGGGGAAAGGUUGUCAGGUGGUGCUAACGCUGCAAGCUGUGAUAUUUCCUCUGUCUCAUUGGAGCUGAGGACAGAACUUGUGAAUUUUGUGCAAGAAAAAUUGUACAGCAGAUUUGUGUUAACUGCCAGUGAACUUAAACGUCUAUUCUCUGUAAAACAGUUACAAUGUCCGUCUGGGCAUGUGUUCUUAUCAGGAGUCACAGACAGUUUGUUAGAGGAAACAAUCAAAGAAGUGGGAGGAGUACGGUUAUCUAAUCAGUGGCCUUCCAAUACCAAAGCAGAACCAAUUUAUGCUCUACCAAAAACAGGGGACAAAUUGGAUAAAAUGAGAGCAAUCUUACUGGGUAUGUUUGAAAAGUCACAUAAAAUAUCACGGAAAACUUUUCUACAAUGUGUGGAGGAUGAAACAGGUCUACAGCUCAAUGAAUAUGACUCCAGAUUAUUACUAAAGGUCAGUGCUUCAAUGGAUUACUGUGUGCAGAAGGGUCCAAUGUGGUAUUUAAAGGGUACACAGGGUGAAUCUUGACAACAGCUCUCUCUUAGUGCUCAUUCCUGACAGCGUUGUGUAUAACUGUUUUAAUCCUACCUCUGUGGUAGUGGAGAACAAUGUGGACUUACUGUUGGCUAUAAAAUAUUUCAUUAAGGGUACAUGUUGCCUUAUAGAUGUCUAUGCAAACACCCUGCUUUUGUCUGUCAAAGACAAAGUUCAGGUAUCUGCUUUGAACGAAUGGCUUACAAGUUGUAUGGAACUCUUUUUCCAAAUGCAUAUCACUAUAAGGUAGCAUACAUCCUUAAUAUGUGAUGAAAGUGAAAUUUUCUUACAGAUGUAUGACAGGCUCCUUUGAGUACAGAUGUAACUGUAUGCUAGUCAGUGAAACAGGUCUUGUUGAUGUCUGCUAGCUAGAGUGAAAGAUACAGAUCAAUGACAGUGCUGAUAUGUGUUAGUAAGGAUGACCAAUUUUAUUUAAUACUAAUGUAUACUAAAUUAGGGCCAAAGAUCGCUGUACUGUUAGAUUUGAUAAAUGUUGCAAUGGUUGCAAAAAAAACCAAGAAGUUUUAAGUGCUCUUGUAUGCACUAGAUUUUUGCACACACCUAUGUCAUAGGUCUGAUUCAUUGUCCUUCUUCAGAAAAUGUUCUUAUAUUUACUGGAAAAGAGAUUCAUGACUUUGCAUGAUGUUCUGCACUAGAUAACCUAACUUCAUUUUUAUUGAAGGAAUACAUUGUCUGAAUCUCUUUAGAUAAAUAUAAUAUCAUUUUAAUGAUCAUUAUCAUCAAGACCAGUUACUUAUGAAAUUCUGAUAUCUGC